UUAAUCUUCGUCAAGCUCACUUCAACUUCCAAUUGAGAUUUCUCAUUAUUAAUACUAUUAUUAUUAUAUCCCAUCAUCACAUAUGGCGCCUCACGGAGAAGCCAUUCCCAACAUGCAGCAGCCUCCGAGAUUAGUCAAAGGCAGCAGCAAACCCAACUUCACGAGCAAGCAGCCUCAACGGCUCUCAAAAGAGGGCCUUCAACGAGCCGUCUCCGACCUCUCCUUCGAGCUCAGCAAGGAGGCGGCUGCCGCUGCCGAGAUGAAGGCGCUGCCUCCGAUAUCGGAGGUGGAGGAGGCCAAGUGCGAGUGCUGCGGCAUGAGUGAGGAGUGUACGCCGGGGUACAUAGAGCGGGUGAAGGCCAAGUUCUCCGGCAAGUGGAUCUGCGGCCUCUGUUCCGAGGCCGUGAAGGAAGAGGUGGAGAAGAACGGCGGCGGGAGAUCCCGCGAAGAGGCUCUGAGCAGCCAUAUGAGCGCCUGUGUUAGGUUCAACAAGUUCGGUAGGGCUUAUCCGGUGCUCUUCCAGGCUCAGGCCAUGAGAGAGAUCCUCAAGAAGAGCACCGCCAGGGCUAAAUCCGUCAGCCCCAGAGACCAAAAAGCCGGGCUUAAGCCCGGUGGCAUUGCCCGGAGCUCCAGCUGCAUUCCGGCCAUUACUAGGGGGAUGAAUGACUUCACAAUAGCAAACUGAAUAGAAAAAUGAUUUUUGGGACGACUCAAUCAACAAACUAAGUCAACCUAAAAGUCGCGGUCCAAUUGAUUUAUAUCAGUACCCAUGGCUGCUAGUCCUAAUAAUUAAUUCUUUGGCUUCACUGUUCAAAACCCUAGCUUGCACCCUUUUUUUCUUCUCUUUUUCUUUUUUCGGAUUUUUUGGGCAACCUUUAGCUUGCACCCUUUCAGGGUUUUUUUGGGUUGUAUAUGCAAGUCGCCAUUUUUUUGGGCCAUAUUCCUCGGCUUGCAGAACCAGAGACCAAUUGAUAACUAGGCUAGGGUUUUUGAAUUCAUUAUAACGGCACUUAAUCGUCUUCAAAAACAUGCAUGGCGUUGGUAUUCUUAAUCCUGACUACUGGUGGCUAAGCUUGCGCAGAUCAGUGUUGUACCCGCAUGCAAUUAGACAUUCUUAGACAUGUACUCUCCUAAGCCCAUAUAUCCGUAAGGUCUUUAAUUGUUUGUAAUAUUUAUUUAUUAUUGGGAGUAUGUUGUCGUUGUGUUAUUCAUUAAUCAUCUUGAUAUAUGCAUAAUAAAAUUAUUGUUGAGAA